GUAAUAUUUGGACACUAGAAGCUACCAUACGUAACAUCCGACGCGACGACGAGAGUAUUGCAAAUUCUUACAACUAAAAUGGCUCGGAAACUCGCAUUUUCUCACUUUGUAAUGGUGUUUGCCAUUGCCAAUAUUGUGAAAGCAGAGAAAUACGGUCGGAAUGCGAAUCGUGUGGACAAAUUGGAUCUUGAUGACAUUGACAAGUCUUCAAUGAUGGGGAGAGAAUUUAGAUCUCGACAAGUCAUUCAAGUUUGGCAGAAGGCCGAUCGUAUGAAUCUUGCACAGAACAAAAUGAAGGAUCUUCAUCGGGAGUUGCUACGUAUUGACGGAAUGUACCAUAAACUAAAGAAAGAAGGCUCUGUCAAGAAUCAAGAUAAUAGAAUUAAUAGAGGAGGUCCAGAAGGACCAGAUAUGGCAAUACAGAAACAGCUUAGGGAUGUCAUGCAAAAGUACGGUAUGGAUGGUACAGCAGGCCGUGAUAGGAGGAUGAAGUUUGACAAUGACACCCCAUUUGAAGACCGCAAGGUUGCCCAACUCUGGCUCAAGGCACAGAAAAGUAACCAAUUCACCAAGGAAGAACUUGAGGAGCUGAAGGAAGAACUGUCCAAACAUGAAGAAAAACAGAAGUCGUUUGACAAGUUAAUGACAGAAAUUCAUGGAGAAGAUGGUACCAGGGCUAACUCUGCAGACCGGUUUGGGAACAAGAAUCCGGAGGAGGUCCGUCAGCUGCGGAUCAAAGAGAUGGAGUUGAAGCUACAGCAUCGAGAGAUUGCCAAGGAGUUUGAGAAGAUCUCGGUGAAGACAAUGCCUGAGGAAGAGAGAGGCCCAUUCACAGAGAGGCGUGUCAUUACUCUGUGGCAGGAAGCAAAGAAACAAGACUUCUCCACCGAAGAUCUGGAGGCUAUUAUGAUGGAGUUGAAAGAAUUUGAGGAGAAGAUUGAAGACCACGAUAAAGCCCAUCGAGCCUCGUUGAGUGCUGAAAUUAAACACAGAUCAGACUUUAAGAAACCUGUUGAUAAGCUGAAGACCAAUGAACAGAAGAGCCUCUAUGACAGAGCUAAGGAGAUGGGUAUUGAUAUCCACCAUACCAUGAAAAACCUUCGUCAUCGGAUCUCGCAGGGAGGCAACUGGAAUGAGGAACUCUAAGAGAUCUUAGGCCUCCAAUCUAAACGAGGCUCUUCACCAAAGUGCAUAUGUCUUCAAAAAAACUUCAGUCUUUCAUGAGAAAAUUGAUUUUGUUUUCACACACAGGUCAGAAGAAGAGAUGGGAUUGCUUGUAAAAGGGGUGGGGGUGGUGCUCCUUCAAUCUUUCAGUAGAUUAAUUUUUACAGAGGAUUCUAACCCAAAAGAAAAGUUUGUUGAUGUUUUUUUUCUUAGAAAUAAGCAGAGAAGCUGAUAGAAGAAAGUUAGCACCAAAAGCGUGACAAGCAAUAACUUUGAAAUGUUUCACUCACCUGUAAUCAAUGUAUGGGCUUCAAUUACUACUUCGCUAUUUUCUGCAUGAAAUAAACUGACUGGAUUGGCAUGAAACAUGGGCUCUAUAAAAUAGAGGUUGGUGAUCGAUCAUUAAAUAUCCAAUCAAGAUUAAUGUUACAUGUAUGUGGUGUUUGAUCUGAUCUAGGAUGAGACAAACAAUGUGGAUUCAUCAGCAAUAAUGUGUUAGCAUUUGCAUUAUGUACUUCACAACUCAUUGAAUCAUUGUCUUAGGCAAUUCUAAUGUAAUCCUUGCACAGAAACAAUCAAUUUUAUCACUUCUUUGCUCUCUGCUCUUUAUAAGCACUGCAAUAUUAUUUUCAUCAAAAUAGUAUAUGCACAAGUGUGUUUUUUUAGGUGCCAUAUUUGUGUACAUGUCCUUUUCCACAAGCACUGUACAUGUAUAUAUUGUGGUAGAUUAUGCAAAGUGUAAAAUAACAUGAUUACACGGCAUAAAUAUAUUGCAACUUUGAUAUUUAAACUUGGACGAAUUCAUUCACAAGGCUUUUCAUAUUUCCACCUCCCAGUUAUGUGGAAAAAAUUGAUUAAUUUUUUAUUUGAGAUAUUUGGAGCACAUGAUCGUAGAUAUAUUACAAUACAGGCUAAUAUUUAAUGCCAAACCAAAAAAGAAAUGUGCCAUUCUCAAAUUUAUUUUAACACUAGCAUAAAUCACUUGCAUCCAUCCAUGUUUUAUGAGACAGACAGACCUCAACCCUUUUCAUUUUUUGCAGAAAUGGCAAAGAGGUAGAGUUAUUUUUUGUAUUCUCUUACAAAUAAUAAUUGUGUUGUGUGUGAUAAGCAAUCUCAACAGCUAUUUCUAUUGGUACUAAUAUUAGACCUUUUUUUCCCUCCUAUUUUCAGUACUAUUCUCCUGUUAUAUUUGAAAUAUAUUCCAGAAGUUUUAGAGCAUAUGGUAGCCCACAAUAAGUUUGUUUUAUAAAAUGCAUUAAAACGUGAUGCUUAAUUAUUAAAGGUGGUCUGAAGGGAUGAAGGCGAUAAAGAGUAUUCAACAUUUCACAGAAAUUAUAUUCCAAAGAUAUGAUAUAUGCAUAUCCAUUUGUGUAAUGACUUUGUUUCACAAUGUUACCUAAUAGCAGGUAAACUGCACUUCUAUAUUCAGGGGCAGCAUCACGGGAGGGGGGGGGGGGAUUUUCACGCUGAAAAAAAAAUCAGGAAAGAAGCAAGAGGAUGAAAAAGGAAGAAAGAAAGAGAAGAAAUAAAGGUCUGGAUUCUUACACUACCAGUGAUCAAGAUACGGCAGCAUCAAUAAGCAUAUAUACUCCAUAAUAUGAUUUUAAGAGAUGAAGUAAAAUUAGACAACUCAAACACUCAAAAUGUCAGUAACAGUUAAGUUAUGCAUUAUUUCAGUGAAACAUGUCAACUCUAUCCAUUUCUUCAUGAAUAUGUGAUGAGCAAGCUGAUGUUGUCAUAAUUAUGACAUCUCCACUUAUUCUGUUAUAUACAUCAAAAUCUUGUCCUCCAAGAAUUAAAGAAAAUUAGAUUGACCACAGAUUAAAUGUUAAAGAUAAUCAUUGCUUUAACUUACAUGACAUCACCAGCAAAGAUGGCGUGGGUAUAACUGUUUUCACAUAAUAUUGCCAAACUUUAAAAUUCAAUAUUUUUAAAAUUUGUUUUCAGAUUUUGAUGAAAUUUCCAGCAUUUUGCUUGUUGAAUUUUACUAUAUUUAUUAACAUAUAAUUAUUUUCAGCCCUGAUUACCCAAUCAAGAGAAAAUCUGUUAGAUGUUACUCCCUUUUAUUAGAAACAUUGUUUUAUGCUGCAUAAAUAUGGUACCAUUCGGAACAAAACAUUUUUUAUAGAUGUCUCGUAAUAUGCAUAUAUCUUCUGUAACUUUGUCCAGUGAAUUAUUACAUGUUAUGUGUUCAUAGUGAUUGUAAUGAAUUAAUUGCAUGAAAUUAGAUUGUUGUAAAUCGUAUGCGAGUUUUGUGAAUCAUCAGCAUAAAUGGGGAUGAAUCGAUGCAGAGUUUGGAAUCACUAAUCAAAUUAAACACUCCUCUCUGGACAGAAUCCAUUGAAAAGAAGUAUGACAUGAAUGGUUCUUUUUGUGCUUUUAAAGACAUUCAAAUUCUCACCGAGUAGGCUAUAAGACAGAGCUAAUUUCUAUUUGUUUGAAUUCCUGUUUCUUUCAUAUUUACAAGGGCUAAGUAUGUUACACAUUUGGGAUAUUAAAAAAAAAAAGAGAAAUCCUAGGUGCAUGUCCAUAAGGUUUUUUUUUAAUUACUGAAUCUAUGCAACUUCUUCAUAAUAGACAAAAGAUAAAUUUCGAAUAAUUGUUAUGGGAACCAAAAAUGUGUUCAACAGUAAAUUCUUUUUGUGAUUAUUAGAUUUUGAUGCAAAGAGAAUUUCCUGACACUGUUGUAUCAUUUAUCAUGUAUCAUUUGUGUAAUAUACCCUCAGUGGAUUGCUCAAACCUUGGAUCUCAAGAUUUUAACAGUUGAUGGAUAGCUCAGUAUUUCUGAAUUAUUGAAAUGGUGGCAACUUCAUAUUGCCAGAAAACAGUCUCUUUAGUUCGUAUAGAGACCCCAAUUUCACUGAUACCAUAACUCUAAAAUGGAGCAUCACAAUCUUUAGAUUUCUCCCACAUUUUCAUCAAAAUUUCAUUUAAUCUUAAAUGAAUACCGGUAAUCUGAGGCAGUGUAAGCACUUUUGUCAGUAAUCAACCAUUUCUAAAGCAUUGCCAUACAAUCACCCAUUCUUAAUUAUUCAAAUUCACAUUAAUUUUGAAGAUUGAUGAUAAAGGAUUUCUUGUUUCUUAGCACUCAUUCGAAAUUUGCCACACCGAGUCACUAACUAUUCUGUGUCAAAUGUUAUCACAUUAUUUACACUAAACAAAGUGUGAAAUAAUAAUGAAUUUGUUCAAAAUCAUUUUUUUUCCUGAUUUUUUUAACAUGCUCAGUACUUAGAAAAUACAAAAUAGUCAGUAAGGUAAACAAAAUAUGCAUUUCAAGGUUUUACCAUUAUUAAAAUGUAGCUUUCUUUUAAGGAUUUGAAGUGAAAAGUUAAGUAUUUUUUGGUGAUGCUUAUGAUGAUUUUUUUUCCAGAUCGUAUUGAUGUACUCUGACUUGUUUAUUUGUACUUUUGGCUGAAAUAAGAUUUAUAUGUAUGUUUAUGGCCUUGUUGGCAUUGUACAUAUGGAAUGUAUUCUUUAUCAUAGUUCUGCUUUAAGCAGUCAUCUCAUUUUAACACACUCAAUAAAAUACAUUUCGGUCUUUUUUCCACUAUAAAUAA